AUGAGCCUCUCAGAGUAUUCUUACCACAAGGUUGUUUAAAUGGAAGCUCAAGGAAAACGUUGACCCACAUGGACUCCUCUCCCAAUAAGAUGAUUUUGUCUGAGCAGAGAUAGGCACAGACUUGCUCCUUUUCUGCAGACUCGCCACACUUUUAAACCAGCAACGAUGGCAAAGCUGAUAGAAGAUGAGGUUUUUAUGGCUUUUGCCACCUAUUCAACAAUUGUCAUUCUGAAGAUGAUGCUGAUGUCCCCCAUGACGGCAUUCUUCCGCUUGACCAGGGGGGCUUUUGCAAAUGAGGAAGACGUGGCCUUAAAGCCUGUAGAGGAGAGGAAGAAGCUGCUCAUAACUCACACCGAUGUAGAGAGAGUUCGAAGAUGUCACCAGAACGAUCUUGAGAACAUUAUUCCCUUUGUAUUGAUCGGCCUGCUUUAUGCUCUCACUGGACCGAAGCUCUCAGCCGCUCUGCUUCACUUCCGCAUUUUUGCCGGGUGUCGGAUCUUUCACACCAUCGCCUACAUCUGCGUUCUGCCUCAGCCCAGCAGAGGACUGUCCUGGGUAGUGGGAAUGCUGGUCACCUUCUCCAUGGCUUACAGGGUGCUCAGUGAAGUUCUCGUGCUUUAGAGACAAUACUGUUUAAGAGGUUGGUAAAAUUCCUACAUGACUCCUGCUUUCUCAGCUAACUCUGGCUCAAGCUGUCUAUGAGCUUGAUCAUGAAACAUCAUUUGUGGUUUGUGAUUGUAUUCUCUGAAAUGAUGUUGUCUAAUGUGAUAAAUAAACUUUCACAUUAGCUUUGUCUCUUUUU